UUUCUUUUCAUUGCAGGUUCUUAAUCCCAAACCAUAACCAUGUCCGAUGAAGAGGAGUACACUUCCGAGGAGGAGGAGGAGGUUGUCGAGGAGACCAGAGAGUAAAAAGCCACCUCAAACACCAGCCGAAGGUGAGGGUGAUCCAGAAUUUAUUAAACGUCAGGAUCAAAAGCGCUCCGAUCUCGAUGAUCAACUGAAAGAAUACAUCAAUGAAUGGCGUAAACAGCGUGCAAAGGAAGAGGAUGAGCUGAAGAAGCUCAAGGAAAAACAGGCGAAGCGCAAGGUCACGCGUGCCGAAGAGGAACAAAAGAUGGCGCAACGCAAGAAGGAAGAGGAAGAACGUCGCGUACGCGAGGUUGAGGAGAAGAAACAGCGCGAAAUCGAAGAGAAGCGCCAACGUCUCGAAGAGGCCGAAAAGAAGCGUCAAGCUAUGCUGCAGGCCAUGAAGGACAAGGACAAGAAGGGACCCAAUUUCACUAUUGCCAAGAAGGAUGCAGGCGUGUUGGGACUCUCAUCCGCCGCCAUGGAGCGUAACAAGACUAAGGAACAGUUGGAGGAGGAGAAGAAAAUCUCAUUGUCGUUCCGCAUCAAGCCUCUGGCCAUCGAAGGCUUCAGCGAAAGCAAAUUGCGUGAGAAGGCCCAAGAACUGUGGGAACUCAUCGUCAAAUUGGAAACUGAGAAGUAUGACUUGGAAGAAAGGCAGAAACGUCAGGAUUACGAUUUGAAAGAAUUGAAGGAAAGACAGAAGCAACAGCUCAGGCACAAAGCCUUGAAGAAGGGUCUAGACCCUGAGGCUUUGACUGGCAAAUACCCGCCCAAGAUUCAAGUCGCCUCCAAAUAUGAGAGACGUGUAGACACACGCUCAUAUGACGACAAGAAGAAGCUGUUCGAAGGUGGCUGGGAAGAAAUCGGCAAGGAGGUGAAUGAGAAGAUCUGGAAUGAGAAGAAGGAGCAAUACACGGGCCGCCAGAAAUCCAAACUGCCCAAGUGGUUCGGCGAACGACCAGGCAAGAAGGCCGGCGAACCCGAGACACCCGAAGGCGAGGAAGACGCCAAGGCUGAUGAGGACAUCGUCGAGGAUGAAGAGGAAGUCGAGGAGGAGGUUGUCGAAGAGGAGGAUGAGGAAGGCGAGGAAGAAGAGGAAGAGGAAGAAGAGGAAGAGGAGGAGGAAGAAGAAGAGGAAGAAGAGGAGGAGGAAGAAGAGGAAGAAGAAUAAAUUAAUUUAACUACAUUUAAUAAAAUUUAAAAACAAAGAAAUUAGUUAUUAUUAGCUUAUUCGAGCAACCAACAAAUAUAAAACAGCAAAAAAAAAUAACGAGCGAAAAUCAGCAGGUGUAGCAGUUGACGAAGAAGAAGAAAAAUUUAAAUCAAAAACUGCAAAAAUUUGUCAAAGCAACUCUCUCACUCGAACGCGAACUCAAACUCACUCUGACACAUUCACUACUGAUUAUUCACUCACUCGAACACAAACACACAAACAAACAACUGUGACAACACGAACGCAUUGUCGCUCUCUCUCUCUUUUUGUCUUUUAUAAGAAAUACAAGAACAAAAAAAAAUACGAAAAAAAACAACAGCCAAAACAAAAGAAACUCUUCAAAUUUGUUUGUAAUAAAUCUUAUAAAUUGAGAUGAAAAUCUGAAAUCAGACUAAUAUGAUAAUUACAUAUAUAUAUAUAUAUAUAUACUUAAAUAUAUAUUAAUCAAGUAGCCGGAAAUGUUUUAUAGGAACAACAACUAUAUGAAGCUUAUAUAAUAUUUUAUAAGUGGAAACAGCAAGUACCAGCACAACGAGAACAACUAGAACAUGAAUACAUAACUCUCUCUUGAUAUUCCUUUUUCAUUUAAGAUAUUUUUAUUUUUUCUUAUUAAAAACAAAAGUAAAAGAUAAUAAAUUAUUUAUGAAAAACCAAAAACCAAAGGAAAAAAACAAACAA